AUGCACUUCAUCCCCACAGCCUGGGCAGUCGUUCCUGAUUUUACACAUCACGCCCACUCUGCCUCGUUGUCGGUGGUCGCAGUGAACAGCAGAUACGUGGUCACGGGGAGCAGGGAUGAGACCAUCCAAAUCUAUGACAUGAAAAAGAGGGCCUGGGCAGUCGUUCCUGAUUUUACACAUCACGCCCACUCUGCCUCGUUGUCGGUGGUCGCAGUGAACAGCAGAUACGUGGUCACGGGGAGCAGGGAUGAGACCAUCCAAAUCUAUGACAUGAAAAAGAGGGUAGAACACGGGGCGCUGCUGCAGCACAAUGGCACAAUAACUUGUUUGGAGUUCUAUGGUACUGCGCAUCUACUGAGUGGGGCUGAAGAUGGACUAAUUUGUAUCUGGAACACAAAGAGAUGGGAAUGCCUGAAAUCCAUUAGGGCUCAUAAGGGCCAUGUGACAUCUCUUUCUAUUCAUCCUUCUGGGAAAUUAGCUUUGUCAGUAGGAACAGAUAAAACAUUAAGAACUUGGAAUCUUGUGGAAGGACGGUCAGCCUUUAUCAAAAACUUAAAGCAAAAUGCCCACAUAAUUAAAUGGUCCCCUGAUGGAGAGAAGUAUGUGACCGUGAUAACAAAUAAAGUGGAUAUCUACAAACUUGAUACAGCUUCAAUCACUGGCACUAUCACGAUAGAGAAGAGAAUUUCUUCACUUAGAUUUAUUACAGAUUCUAUCCUGGCCAUAGCUGGAGAUGAUGAAAUCAUAAGGUUCUAUAGCUGUGACUCCCAAAAAUGCCUGUGUGAAUUUAAAGCUCAUGAAAACAGAAUAAAAGAUAUCUUUAGCUUUGAAAGAGAAGGACAACAUGUUAUUGUUACUGCAUCCAGUGACGGUUACAUUAAAAUGUGGAAUCUGGAUCUUAAUAAGAUUAAAGAUGUGCCAUCUUUGCUGUGUGAAGUCAAUACCAAAGCUAGGCUGACAUGUCUUGCAGUAUGGCUUAACCCAGCUUCAGAAACAAAAGAAAAUUCUCAUAAAGCUGCAGAAUCAUCUCAAGCAAAUGAAGAUGAUUUUUCAUCAAUAGUCAGGAGAAAAAAAGUGCGUUGGACUGAUAAAAGUGCCAAACCACCAAAAUUAAAGAGAAAAACUCCUUCAGAGAAGCAAAAAUUGGAAGCUCCACUGCAGAAGAAGAAAAAGGAAAGGAAUAGCUCAGCAUGAAGGCAGCUACUUUCUCUCUUGCAUAAAAAGUAAAUACUGUUGUUGCUGUAGUUCUUAUAAGGAUAUAAACCUCUCACAGGAUAUACACCUCUGAACUUCUCUGUUGUUUAAAAUAAUCAAUGUUUUUACCCUAAUAAAUUGACUGAUCACUCUGGGAA